AUGAAUCCGGCCGACUCUGUUGAGAUUGGCGAAGUCGUCGCCGCCCAGAAAAAUGCCCAGCUCCCAUCUGAGAAGGACCUGAUCGCCAAGGAGGCCAUCGUUGAGGAAUCCAUUCCCCAGUACCCCGCGGGCGAGGAAAAUGAGGCUUUGAACAAGCUUCACCCCACGACUGAGGAGAUGCAAACUCUCCGUCGUGUUGCUGGUCCUCUUAACUGGAUCACCUUCUCUGUGGCUUUCGUCGAGCUUUGCGAGCGUUUCUCCUACUACGGAACCACCGCUGUUUUCGUCAACUUCAUCCAGCAACCCCUGCCUCCUGGCUCUACCACUGGUGCUCUCGCUGGCGGAUCCGACGUCCCUGGUGCCUUAGGGAUGGGCCAGCAGGCUUCUACUGGUUUGACUUUGUUCAACUCCUUCUGGGCCUACGUGAUGCCUCUCGCUGGUGCCUGGGUGGCCGAUCAAUACUUGGGUCGUUUCCGAACAAUCAUGUUUUCCAUCGCCGCUGCGUUGAUCGGUCACGUCAUCCUCAUUAUUUCCGCCAUCCCUCCUGUGAUUGCAAACCCGAAUGGCGCUAUUGGCUGUUUCGCAAUUGGCCUGAUUAUUAUGGGUGUUGGAACUGGUGGUUUCAAGUCCAACAUAUCGGCCCUGAUCGCUGAACAGUACCCUGAUGAGCAUCCUGUGAUUAAGACAUUGCCAUCAGGUGAACGCAUCAUAAUCGACCCCGCUGCCACAGUUGCUCGUGUUUAUCUCUACUUUUACUUGAUGAUUAACGUUGGCUCGCUUACUGGUCAAAUCAGCAUGGUCUACGCCGAACGUGGAGUCGGUUUUUGGCUGUCGUUCUUGCUACCUACGCUCAUGUUCUGCUUAGCGCCCCUGGUGCUGUUCCUCUGCCGAAAAAAGUACCACCUAGUGCCUCCGACAGGCUCUGUUUAUACUCAGGCGUACCGCCUGAUUAGGGAAGGUAUCAGGAAUCACUGGUCCGUCAAGACAACUAAGGUGGCCGGCAUUCCUUUCAAGACGUUUAAGAAAAAUGGUACGGAUUUCUGGAACACCGUUAAGCCUAGCGCUCUUGGAGAUAACCGUCCGAAUUGGAUGACCUUUGACGACGAGUGGGUUGAUGAAGUGGCCCGUGGUUUGAAGGCAUGCCGAGUGUUUUUAUGGUAUCCUCUGUACUGGCUCGCCUACAACCAAAUGCUCAACAACCUCACAUCCCAAGCUGCAACUAUGAAACUCGGUGGGGUUCCCAACGAUAUCAUCAACAACUUCAAUCCUCUGGCUCUGAUCAUUUUCAUCCCAAUUUUCGACCGCUUACUGUAUCCCUUCCUUCGCCGUAUUGGAAUUAACUUCACUCCGCUCAAGCGUAUCACAGCUGGCUUUUUCGUUGCCGGGAGCGGGAUGAUUGUUGCCACCGUCACUCAACACUAUAUCUACAAGCUCGGUGAAUGUGGGGAUCAACCUAACGAUUGCCUUCCGGAAAUACAUGCCCCCAUCUCUGUCUGGGUGCAGGCCCUCACCUACAUUCUGGGUGGCAUUUCUGAGAUUUUGGCCUCCGUCACAUCUCUCGAGUACGCCUAUACCAAGGCACCGAAAAACAUGCGCAGUCUCGUACAGGCUGUUUCGCUUUUCAUGAAUGCCAUUUCCUCUGCCAUCGGCCAGGCUCUGGUAGGUCUAUCGGACGACCCCUUGCUUGUGUGGAACUAUACUCUCGUUGCCAUCCUGGCCUUUAUCGGCGGCAUCGGCUUCUGGGCCAGCAACUACAAGCUGGAUAGACAGGAGGAUGAGCUGAACACUCUUAAGCAGUCCCGGUAUGAGGGGUCAGGGUUGAAACAGGACGAGGAGGCGAGAACUUGA